AUGUUUGAAGAUAAAGUUUCACUUCUACGUUAUGCUUUGCAAAGGGCUUUUCAGGCGGCACCUAACCGGCUUAUGACUAACAAUGCCUACCUGGCUUUAUUGGGCGCCUCGUUAAAUGCAUCCACAACAGAUGAGGGACUAAACUUCUAUGACUCACAACAUCGCUUUGAGCACUCACAACUUCUGUUGGUUCUUUUGAGUUCACUUCCACGUGUACCAAAGACUUUUCAGUGUCGCAUAUUACAGGAUCUUCUGAUUUUGGCUUGCAGUCAUGCUGUUUCCAUUUAUACCCUUGUCCCUGGGGAUCGAUUGGAUCCAGGAGAAAAACUCGUUAUAGGUUGUCGAAAAGCAACAAUUUCUGCUAAAACACAGGAUGCAAAGUCGGAUCGAUUGAAGAAACUAUUGAAAGAGACCGAGAAGUAUCUCCAGAAGUUUGGAUCAGCAGAGCCUUUGAAGCAGAUAAUGGUAUCUGACAUAUUAUUCACAUGGACAGAUCUUCAAGCAAAACUCAACACUGAGUUGCUGAAUAAUUUAGGCAAUUUCGUUAACCAUGUCUUGAGCUUUAUUGCUAAAGAUCCAGGUUCUUUUCGUGCACUACUAUCUUAUCUUUUUUACUUGAAAGUGAUUAAAGAGGUGGUAGAGGUUCAGGAUACAAUUCCAUCCUUCUGGAUGCUCCAUCUGUUAUCAAUUACACUAGGAGAUAAAAUUGGUGCUUAUGUGGAACAAUAUGUGGAGACACAUCUAUAUCAGGUCACGUUGCUGCACUUGUAG